CUCUCUCGGGCUCCGUAAUCAGAGGCUUCUGCCCAUAACAAAGAUGGCCACCUACUCUGUUCCACCCUGCCCUUUGGUCGAUGUCAAACAGAUUAUCUUUCACUUUCGGGUCACUGCUGACAGGAGAUGGAGCGGAUUCCGAAGACUGUGGGGCGGAUCCAGCUAGACUGUCCUCUGCAGUCUGGCUGCCCGCUGGGAGUCUCUGCCGUCCCUAAACUCUGUAAGGAAUUCUGUCCUGAGGACUACGGUGAAGAGGACAUAGCGGAGUUUCUUCAGCAGCUUGUGGAGAGUGAUCCCCAGGGCCUGCACCAGAUCUAUGUGGAUAAAAGCAGCAGGCGGCUGCAGCUGUGGCAUCAUGAUUACCUCCUGAACUACUUCUGUGAUGAGGAGAAAACGGCUGGACAGUGUGACAGGGGCAAGGGGGCUGAGGGACUGGGCACCUACUGCGGUCUCCGAAAGUCCUUUCUGUCUUCUCCCCAGGAGUCUAAGCCCUGCCCUCAAGCCAACUCUGCCCCUGCAUCCUUCCCUGGUGACUCAGACAGCCUCCUUCAGGUGGUCAUGCCCCAGAAGCUCCUGGUGACUGAAGAGGAAGCUAAUCGCCUAGCUGAGGAGCUGGUGGCUGAGGAGGAGCGUGAGAAGCAGAAAGCAGAGAAGAAACGACUGAAGAAGAAGCGUCAGAAGGAACGAAAGCUGCAGGAGCGCUUGGAGCAGGACAGUGGGGAGGCCAAUGUGAGUGUCUCCAGGCAGGUGGCCGAGGCCACCCCCAAUGGGGAUGGGAGCCCCCCAUCCAGCCCCGGGAACUCAACUCAGGGACAGUGUGGUGAGGAAGCGGACUCACUGGAUCUGUCUAGCACUUUUGUGUCCCUAGCUUUGCGCAAGGUUGGGGAUUGGCCCUCCAGUGCCCCAAGAAACAAAGGACUGAGCCAGGAGCCCCAACGCAGGAGCCAGGGCCCCCAGGAGAAGAUGGGCCACAACAAAGGGAGCCCUCCAAGAGAAGACAGCCCCAGGCAGAGUCCUAAGGCUGAGGCAUCUCCAAGACUGCUGGCAGCUGCCUUACAGCAGAGCCAAGAGCUGGCAAAGCUGGGUAACAGUUUUGCCCAAGAUGGUUUCUACCAUGAGGCUGUGGCCCUCUUCACUCAGGCCUUGAAGCUCAAUCCCCAGGAUCACCGGUUAUUUGGAAACCGCUCCUUCUGCCAUGAACGGCUGGGUCAGCUGGCGUGUGCCCUGGCGGAUGCCCAGGUGGCCCUUACCCUUUGUCCCGGCUGGCCCCGGGGCCUCUUCCGCCUGGGCAAGGCCCUGAUGGGACUGCAGCACUUUGAGGAGGCAGCUGCUGUGUUCCAGGAGACUCUGAGAGGUGGCUCCCAGCCGGAUGCAGCUCGGGAGCUCCACUUUUGCCUCCUUCAACUGCAGCAUCAGCGAAGAGGAAGCCACGCACCACCUCUAUCAGCUGGGCUCCCUCAGCCACUUCCACGUGCUGAGCCAGGGGCCCCAGGCCUACUCUCCCUCAGGCCCCCUCGAAUCAUUGCUCCCAGGGCCCCUGGCCUUCUGUCUCCACCGUCACAUUAUCCCCCACGACACUUGGGCCAUCCUAAUUGGCCCCUCCCCCAGGCUCAGAGGAGAGGACCCCAUCCUCUCCAUCUCCACCAUCCCUCAAAGGGAAGGGGCAUCCUGGGGCUUGGGUGCCAGCGUCUGCCUCAGGCCAGGUGAGGGACGACCUGUUCAUCCUUCACGGCAAGGCCAUGUGUACAUCUCACAGGAUGGGGACACCUGUGUGGUGGUGGCUCACUGCAUAUUUUGAGACCUAGUACUCUAAAGCCAUAGUGAAGGACAACCUUUGCAGUUGUUCCUCUUGCAACAUAGAACCUCCUGAUGAGUGAAAAGAGCCCCGCGUCCACUGAAAGAGCCUCUCUGGUUCUCAAGCGGAUGACUUCUUCUAGGAGAAGUAGGAAAAAAAUAAAACCCAAGACUAAAGAAGAGACCUGUACAAAAGUUCUGUUUUUCAGACUAUCACAGACCCAGCAAGGAGG